AUGAUUUGCAGAUUGGAAACCAUUACUACCCAACAAGCGAGAACUGUUUACGACUUGGCGGGAGGGAUGAGGUACGUGCUUUAGGUACAAGCAAACAAUUCUCGCACUAGUAGGAAAAUGCUUUAGCCAAAUCUUGUCCAUCGGUUACUUCUCAAGUUGUUUGUUGUUUUCCAUAUUCCAUCCACUCAUCUGUUUUCGAAAAACUAUUCGGAAGCUUUCAGAGACAUGCAACCUCCUUCAAUGGGAAUCAACGGAUUCGGCCGACGGAGUCAUAACUUCUCGUCGCCCUCCCUCGUCGAUUACAGAUCGAAUCAUGCCCAUUUCGGAUCUCAGCCAAGCGUAAGUUAAUUUUUAGUUUUUUUUCUAACAGACAAUACUUUUCGUCUCCGCCAUCCGCUUUUCCGGCUAUAAACGGAAAUUAGUACACCUUUAGUUUGCGGAGAGAUGAAUCACUUAAUGUUUAGAGAAUGUGUCACUUCGUACAGAACAGAACAAAUUGCAUUUCAGAUCGUACAAAACGGCGGAAGCCAGUCGCCUCCUGACUACGCACUCUUGUUCGACCCGCCUGUCGUCGUCCUCCGAUCCAAAAAGGUUUCUUUUUUUUUCAAUUUCUUGACAAUUUUCUUAUUCUUUCCAGCCCAGUACGGUCAGAUCAGCAAAAGAAGAAUCAAGGCUACGCUCGCAACAACCGCCAAGCAAUAUUCAGAGAGUUCAGGUAAGUAUGCGGCCGAUUGGCACUUGAGAAAACAAUUUUCAUUCAGGCAAUCCGCAGUCGCCCUCAAUCCACAGCUUCCUACAACAGCCUCGGUCAGUCGUUUCUUUCAUCUAUCCUUGCAAACGAUUCCCUUUUCAGCUUCAUCAGGAAUGGAGAACAUCCAAUGGCGGAACUCGGUGAUGUCGUCUGUCACGCCGGAUAAUCGGAGACAUACUCUUUACGAUGACGAGGACACGCCGAGAGUGGUGAGUAACCGAAGGGCAACGGAACGUCUCUUUAUUUUUUGUUUAACGGGUGACCAAACGUAA